AUGGACUUGAGAAAUGGACCGCAAGUGGUUGAUUGCUGGCUGGAUAAUGAGACACCAAGGACUGUGACUAGUAGUACAAAACUGACAGGUGACUACCAGUGGUGCCCUCAUGGGACAACAUUAGGACCAAUACUGGGCGCUCUCCUUUGUGUUCCCUCCCAGGCUGUGCAAGAGAUAAUCGAUCAUGUCGUGGAGAAGGUGGAAGAAAACCAAGUCCCCAUGCCUGAUUAUGCCCUCAAAUCAUCAGGGGCUGCUGUCAUUCAUUCACGGACUUCUCCAUCCCUCUGGAAUACAAAAGGAAAAGUCUUUUUGUAUUCCCUGCCGCUGGUGGAUUACGUGAGGUCUCCAGAGGUUAUCCUUGAGCCGGACAAUCACCCGGGAAACUGCUGGCCCUUCCCAGGAAGUCAGGGACACGUCCUGAUCAAGCUGUCCGUGCCAAUCACUCCCAGAGCUGUCACCAUGGACCAUGUUUCAGGGAGCGCGUUCCAUCGAGACAGCAUCCCCAGCGCUCCAAAGGACUUUGCUGUCUACGGCCUGAAAGAAGGACGUGAGGAGAAGGGCACGUUCCUGGGAGAGUUCACGUUCCUGGCAGCGCUGAAUCCCAGACAGACCUUCCAGCUGAAGAACGAGCUCUCUGGGGUCGUGAAGUACAUCAGGCUGGAAGUGCUGAGCAACUGGGGCCACCCGGACUACACCUGCCUGUAUCGAUUCAGGGUGCACGGUGAUCCUCCCAAAGACGAUCGGGGAGAGGUGUCAGUUUCGUCUGGCAAUAAAUUCCAUUGA